UUUAAUCAUUCCCUGGUGUACCCGUGUUGAGGUUUUAGCAGGUGAAUGCUGCCAGAUUUGAGGUUAAGCUGCUGGAGAUCAGACCCUGCAGUAAAAAUCAGCAGCUUCUAUUUUAAUUCUCGUCACAGUUCUUGCAACAGGGGCAAAUUAUCUCAGUUUUGCUUAGAUCUACUUUAACCCUGAAUAAGUAAACGACUUGUAAGACAAUUUAAAGAGAUAAAUAGUUCUGUGUAAGCGAUGAUGGGGUAAAGGAUGAAGACAAAAGUUCACUCUGAGCUGGUCUGUUGUGAGAAAAAAAUAAUUUGCUAAGCAGAAUGUCCAAGUAAAUGGGGGGGGGGGGUACAUCCACAUUUGAAAGCAGUUCAAAAACAACGAGGACUGGCAACUUAUCAGCAUGAAUUAAAGGGAAAAUGGAGAUCUGUGUUAAUUUCGACUCAAGAGUGUUUACCAUGGAUACUAGGACUGGACUGUUAUUUUCCGUCUUUUACUUUAUUUCAGAGUUUUGUCUGAGUUCACAGCAAGUCCUUAGAAUCGGAGGCAUUUUUGAAACCUUGGAGAAUGAACCUAUAAGUCUUGAAGAAUUGGCCUUCAAAUUUGCUGUCACUAAUAUAAACAGAAACAGGACAUUAAUGCCAAACACCACAUUAACCUACGACAUCCAGAGAAUUAACCUAUUUGAUAGUUUUGAAGCCUCCAGAAGAGCUUGUGACCAGCUUGCCCUGGGUGUAGCUGCUGUGUUUGGUCCAUCUCACAGUUCAUCUGUAAGUGCAGUGCAGUCUAUCUGUAAUGCAUUAGAAGUUCCUCAUAUCCAGACCCGGUGGAAACAUCCUGCAGUGGAUAACAAAGACACAUUUUACAUCAAUCUCUACCCAGAUUAUGUUUCCAUCAGCAGAGCUAUUUUGGACAUAGUGCAAUAUUACAAAUGGAAAACAGUUACAGUGGUGUAUGAAGAUAGCACAGGGUUAAUUCGCCUGCAGGAGCUUAUCAAAGCACCAUCCAGAUACAAUAUCAGAAUUAGAAUCCGGCAACUCCCCACGAUGAGUAAGGAUGCCAGACCUCUAUUGAAAGAAAUGAAGAAGGGCAAAGAGUUCUUUGUAAUAUUCGACUGCACACACCAAACAACAGCAGAGAUUCUUAAACAGAUCCUUUCCAUGGGGAUGAUGACUGAAUACUAUCACUACUUUUUCACCACACUGGACCUGUUUGCUUUGGAUCUUGAGCCCUACCGUUACAGUGGAGUAAACAUUACUGGAUUUCGACUCCUCAACAUCGACAAUGCGCAUGUGGCUUCAGUUGUAGAGAAAUGGUCGAUGGAACGUCUCCAGGCACCUCCCAAACCUGAAACUGGCUUAUUAGAUGGGAUUAUGACAACAGAAGCUGCCCUAAUGUAUGACGCUGUGUACAUGGUAGCUGUGGCUUCACAGCGUUCCUCCCAAAUGACAGUCAGCUCUUUACAGUGUCAUAGACACAAACCUUGGCGCUUCGGACCAAGAUUCAUGAACCUAUUUAAAGAGGCACAGUGGCAUGGAUUGACAGGACAUAUCACAAUUAAUAAAUCGGAUGGUCUGAGGAAAGAUUUUGAUUUGGAUAUAAUCAGUCUUAAUGAGGAAGGGAUGAAAAAGCUUGCUGGUAAUCCCACUCACCGUCUAAAAGUAUGGAAAAAGAUUGGAAUUUGGAAUUCAAAUGGUGGCCUUAACCUGACUGAUAGCAACAAAGAGAAAACAACUAAUAUUACAGACUCAAUGGCAAAUAGAACACUUAUUGUAACUACUAUUCUGGAAGACCCAUAUGUAAUGUAUAAGAAAUCAGACAAACCAUUGUAUGGAAAUGACCGAUUUGAGGGAUACUGUCUGGAUUUGCUGAAGGAACUGUCAAACAUUCUUGGUUUUACUUAUGAGGUGAAACUUGUAUCAGAUGGUAAAUAUGGAGCCCAGAAUGACAAGGGUGAAUGGAAUGGAAUGGUCAGAGAACUUAUAGAUCAUAAAGCUGACCUGGCUGUGGCUCCUUUAACCAUCACCUAUGUGAGGGAGAAGAUGAUUGACUUUUCCAAGCCUUUCUUGACCCUGGGGAUCAGUAUUUUGUACCGCAAACCAAAUGGCACAAACCCUGGUGUAUUCUCCUUCUUAAAUCCCCUCUCUCCUGAUAUCUGGAUGUAUGUUCUACUGGCCUGCCUUGGUGUCAGCUGUGUGCUGUUUGUCAUAGCAAGGUUUACACCUUAUGAGUGGUAUAACCCCCACCCAUGCAACCCUGACUCGGACGUGGUGGAAAGCAAUUUUACUUUACUAAAUAGUUUCUGGUUUGGAGUUGGAGCUCUCAUGCAGCAAGGAUCGGAACUGAUGCCCAAAGCACUUUCCACCAGAAUAGUUGGUGGAAUCUGGUGGUUUUUUACUUUAAUAAUCAUAUCAUCCUACACUGCUAACCUGGCUGCCUUCUUGACUGUUGAGAGAAUGGAUUCACCAAUUGAUUCUGCAGACGAUCUAGCCAAACAAACUAAAAUUGAAUAUGGGGCUGUCAGAGACGGAUCAACCAUGACAUUUUUUAAGAAAUCGAAAAUUUCUACGUUUGAAAAAAUGUGGGCCUUUAUGAGUAGCAGACAACAGACGGCCUUGGUAAAGAAUAAUGAUGAAGGAAUUCAGCGAGUACUGACUACUGACUAUGCGCUGCUGAUGGAGUCUACCAGCCUCGAGUUUGUCACUCAGAGAAACUGCAACCUUACCCAGAUUGGAGGGCUCAUUGACUCAAAGGGUUAUGGAGUGGGGACACCCAUUGGUUCCCCUUACAGGGAUAAAGUCACUAUUGCAAUCCUAAAGUUACAAGAGGAAGGCAAAUUGCAUAUGAUGAAGGAGAAAUGGUGGCGUGGUAAUGGAUGCCCUGAAGAAGACAGCAAAGAAGCAAGUGCUUUGGGAGUGGAAAACAUUGGAGGGAUUUUUAUUGUACUUGCAGCAGGACUUGUGCUUUCUGUCUUUGUAGCCAUUGGAGAGUUUAUAUAUAAAUCCAGGAAAAAUAAUGACAUAGAACAGUGUAUUUCUUUUAGUGCUGUAAUGGAGGAGCUUGGCAUCUCACUUAUGUCACGCAACUAUAAAAAAAGGUCCAGAAUUACAGGAUUUGCAAGCAUUUUAAUGUGCCACCCUAAAAGGGUAUUGAGGAAAGAAACCAUGGCAUAAAGGAAUAUCGCAUCAACUUCCUCCUUCCUCCGUGGAUGGGGACAGUUGGAUAUGGACUUAAUUCUUGUUCUUUCAAUGUCUUUUUAUUAAACGUAAUUUUUUGUAUAAAGAUGCCUUUGAAUACAUGGGUAAAGCGUGAUGUAUUAUACACCAUUUUAAAUUUCUAGAAGAGUUUUGUUAUAUUCCUUGUUCCAGUAAAAAAAGUAUUUUGAAUAACACUCCACCCAACCCAUCAUGUAUACACCCCGUACUUUCUAGUGUUGUACCUACUUUUGAAAUAAAAUGUUUACAAUU